AUGGCUUCAGGAAUUUUGGUGAACAUAAAGGAGGAGGUAACCUGCCCCAUCUGCCUGGAGCUCCUAACAGAACCCAUGAGCCUGGACUGUGGGCACACCUUUUGCCAAGCCUGCAUCACUGCAAACAACAGGGAGUCUAUGAUUGGCCAAGGAGAGAGCAGCUGCCCUGUGUGCAAGAUCAGUUACCAGCCUGAGAACCUGCGUCCCAAUCGACAUGUGGCCAACAUAGUGGAGGGGUUUAGGAAGGCGAAGUUGAGCCCACAGGAGGAGCAGAAGAGGGAUCUCUGUGUGCGCCAUGGAGAGAAGCUCCUGCUCUUCUGCAAGGAGGAUGAGAAGAUCAUUUGCUGGCUUUGUGAGCGGUCUCAAGAGCACCGUGGUCACCGCACAUUCCUCAUGGAGGAGAUUGCCCAGGAGUACAAGGAGAAGUUUCAGGCAGCAUUGGACAGGCUGAGGGUGGAGCAGCAGGAAGCUGAGAAAUUGGAAGAUGACCUUGAAGAAAAGAGAACUUCCAGGAAGGAUCAAAUAGAAAAUGAGUUGAAAAGUGUCCAGGAUUGUUUUAAACAACUGAGAGGUAUCCUGGCCAGUGAGGAGCAAAAGGAGCUGCAAAGGCUGGAGAAAGAGGCAGCAGAAAACCUCGAUGACCUGGCUCAGGCUGAGAGAGAGCUGGCCCAGCAGAGGAAGUUGUUGAGAGAUCUCAUCUCAGAUCUGGAGCAUCGGUUGCAGGGGUCAACAGUAGAGAUGCUGCAGGAUGUGAAAGGCACUAUGAAAAGGAGUAAGACCUUCACUCUGAAGAAGCCAAAAGCUCUCUCCACGAAGCAAAGGAUAGUGUUCCAAGCUCCUGACCUGAGAAGGAUGCUGCAAGUGUUUAAUGUAAACGUGACCCUGGAUACUCCCAUGAAUAAAUCAUUGAUUAUCAUUUCUGCGGAUCGAAGGCAAGUGAGACCUGCCAUGAUUUUUUGUAUUUUCCUAAACAAUAAUGAGGAUUUGGGUGUCCUGGGAUCACCUUCUAUCACAUCAGGGAAGCAUUACUGGGAGGUAGAUGUGUCACAGAAAAGUUACUGGAUUUUGGGGGUAUAUGGAGGAAAAUACCCUGACUCCAAUAUGAUGGAUUUUAUAAGACAAGUUAAAAGUAGUCAGCGUGUUUGCUCUAUAUUUCAACCUAAAUAUGGCUACUGGGUUAUAGGGCUACAGAACCAUUCUGAAUAUAAGGCUUUUGUGGAUUCUGACUCCUCUGACCCCACGACUUUAAGCCUGUUCCUGAGUGUUCCUCCCCGUCGUGUUGGGGUUUUUCUAGACUAUGAUGAUGGCACUGUCUCAUUUUUUAAUGUCACUAACCAUGGGUUUCUCAUCUAUAAAUUCUCUUCAUGUUCCUUUCCUCAGAAAAUGUUUCCGUAUUUCAAUCCUAUGAAAUGCCCUUCCCCCAUUACACUGUGUUCUCCAGGCUCUUAAACCUCUUACACCCUCACCCACUUCUCUGGAGUGCCUCUUGCCUUAGGUGCAUCUAAUGAUUUGAGCUGAUGUUUUCACCAUCUUUUCUGUGCUCUUUUUUUUUUUUUUUUCAAUUUGAAUACCCUUCAUUCAUCA